AUGAGGCUAAUCAUCGAGGACACUGCGGAACAAGUUGCUGAUUUUGCAGCACGAUAUGUUCGUAAACGAAUCAAUGAUUAUAACUGCGGACCGGAUCGCCAUUUUGUGCUCGGCCUACCCACUGGUUCUACACCACUUGGAAUGUAUAAAAAACUCAUCGAAUUCUGUGAGGAUGGCAGUUUAUCGUUCAAAUAUGUGAUCACGUUCAAUAUGGACGAGUAUGUCGGUUUACCGCGUGAUCAUCCAGAAUCUUAUCAUUCAUUUAUGUACAACAAUUUCUUCCGUCAUAUUGAUGUCGAUCCAAUUAAUGUACACAUUCUUGACGGAAAUACUACCGAUGUAGAGAAAGAAUGCCGUCAAUAUGAAGAAAAAAUCGCUAGUGUCGGUGGAAUUGAACUAUUCAUUGGAGGAAUUGGACCCGAUGGUCAUAUUGCGUUCAAUGAGCCAGGUAGUUCGCUGGCAUCACGGACCAGAAUAAAAACACUCAACGCAGACACAAUAGAGGCAAAUUCGCGUUUCUUUAAUGGUGAUAUAACAAUGGUACCGACCCAAGCGCUGACAGUCGGUGUUAAGACGGUACUGGAUGCUAGACAGGUAAUGGUGCUCGUCACCGGCUCACAUAAAGCGCUUGCACUCCAUCAAGCGAUUGAAUGCAGUGUUAAUCAUAUGUGUACAGUGAGUGCACUUCAGUUACAUCCAAACGCGAUGUUCAUUGUUGACGAAAAUGCAACACUAGAAUUAAAGGUAGGAUACAAUGUUAUUUUAUUUAUUUACUUCCGUACAUCCCCUUAA